AUGGCUUGUUACUUUGCUCCACCCGUAUUGGUCCUUGCUCCUUUUCUCUUCUUGAGUUUAGGCAGCGCACUGCUCUUACCUCAGUUAGGUCUCUGUGUUGCAACCAUGGCUCAUUCUGUGGGCCAAGAAAACUUUGCUCCAUCCUUAUCAACCCCAAUAUUGACAUAUGAAAAUGAGGUCUUCAUUAGUUUUCAUGCAGAAGAUACCCGCACAAGAUUUACCGGCCAUCUCUUUGCUGCUUUAGAACGUAAAAGGAUUCGUGUGUAUAGAGGGGAAUUUAUUCAGGCCGAACUGAUGAAGGCAAUCGAUACAUCAAGGAUUGUAGUUGUGGUGUUCUCAAAAAACUAUGCUACUUCCAAUAGGUGCCUGGAUGAGCUGGUGAAGAGCAUGGAAUGCAAAAGGGUGUUAAAUCAAACGGUGCUGCCUAUUUUUUAUGAUGUGUUUCCAUCCCAGGUGCGAAAACAUAAGGGGAAUCUUGCGGAAGCAAUCCUGAAUGGCCCUGAAGACAAGGUAAACAUUUGGAAGGCUACUUUGAAGGACGUUGCAAACUUAGCAGGCUUGCAUUUGAAACCAUAUCGAUAA